AUGGCUGAGGCACGUAUUAGUGAAGACCAGCAUGCGGCGUUGCGGUCGUUGCUACGCCCUGAUGAGAUCUUGACUCCAGAUUCACCGGAUUACCAGUGCCGCGCUCAAACCUGGGCUUCUCAAAAGCAAAUGAAUCCUGACCUUGUGGUCCGACCCACAUCGACCGAGUCCCUGAGUAAGACUGUUGCCUACCUAUACUCAACCGAUCUAGACAUCGGGAUAUAUGGACAGGGGUUCAUGUCCGCAUCCGCAAAGGACGUCUUGAUCAACACGUCGGCCUUUGAUGGUUUCAACUUCGAUCAGCACUCGGAGUUGGUGACUAUUGGUGCCGGACAGACGUGGUCUGAGGUCUAUCGGAAGCUAGGAGAGGCGGCUCCGGAAUAUGGAAUCGUGGGAGCCCGCACCCCUUGUGUCGGAGUGGCUGGUACUAUUGUUAGCGGAGGGUUUUCAUGGCUCUCCGGCGAGUAUGGUUGCAUCUCGGACCCCGCAAACAUGCUAGAUGCGAAGGUCGUCAAGUAUGACGGCUCAGUCGUCUGGGCUUCAGCAGAGCCGGAGCUACUGUGGGCACUGCGUGGCGGUGGAGGUGGCUUUGGAGUCAUGGUGCAGGUUGUGCUCCGAGUAUUCCCUUAUUCUCAGGAUAUCUGGUCCGGUCAGAUUUUGGUCCCCCGGGAGCGGCUUGAGCAGGUAGCAGAGGGAAUCGCGACGUUCCUCUCUCAGCCGCUCGAUCCUAAGAUCACGAUGUUUUUGUAUGUGGUCAAGAAAAGUCUGCUCGAGUCCAUCGGAACGGACUCGGACAUGCUAGUCAUCCAUGCGUUCGACGCCCUUGGUGAAGCGCAUGGUCGUAAGAGUUUCCAAUGGGCGUUGAAUAUUCCCGGGGCGAUUGAUCAAACGAAGAUCAACACUCUAGCAGGAGUUGCAAAAUUGCAAGACAAGGCGCAUAUCGUCAAAGGUUCCAUGAAGCAGUUCUGGGCUCCUUUGCUGAUCCGAGAACUAUCCGCAGAGACCGUCGUCAGAGCUAUUCGAUGGUCUGAAGAGAUUCAACAGCUCGACGAGUCGCUUGCUGACUGCACCUAUCUCAUUUUCGAACUACUAAGCUCGUGUGAACCCGCUGGACCGAGAUCAAACUGCGGCUGGCCAAGGCCGGAAGGCGUAAAGCACAUUCUCCUUCUCGGCACCGGAUGUCCUGGCGAUGCUGGUCCCUUGAAAGAGAAGCUUUCACGAGACCUCGCCUGUCAGGCCGCCUCCCGCGUUCUCGGUGAAGGUGCAGAAUUCCACUACCUGCCAAAUGGAUUUGAAGACUUUCAUGAUGCGAGAAAGACCUGGGGACCCCAUUUCCAUCAGUUACAGACGUCGAGAAGACAUUACGACCCAAAGAACAAAUUCAAAGGGGCUGUCAAUCCCUAUGAUGUGGGAUUGGAUAUCUGGAGGGGUGAGCGCCAAACGAAGACAAGUGGCAUGGAAAAAGUUUCGUCAUUCGUAUUGUCUUUUGAGCCUGCGGUAAGAGGGCUUGGUGUAACCAAUGUCAUCCUUAUUGAUUAA